UGUAAAUUAAAAAAAAUAAACUUCGGAAGGACGUCUGGUUUUUUUUCCUUCAUCUUUUUUUGCCAAGUUUUUCAGGGAGGAGCCAAGAGCAGUGGCCAUUUGGAAACGUGACUUCGUGAUGGGGGAAGGUGCAACAAAUUCGGGGUCUGGGUGCGAAAGUCUCCUUUUAGCCCUUCUUGUUUUCACUUUAAUUUUAUUUGCAGAUGCCGGUUACGUUCGUGGACAUUGCGGUUUAUUUCUCCGCUGAAGAGUGGAAGAAUUUGGCUGAUUGGCAGAAAGACCUCUACAACAACCUUCUGAAGGAGAACUACGAAUCCUUGCUAGCACUCGGUGCCAACAUCAACGUCGCCAAACCGGAGGGGCACCCCAGGGCCGAGCGGGUGGCCCCCGAACCCAGCGUCCCGGAGCCGAGUGCGAAGGAGCGCGAUGUCAUCCCUGAGCCUUGCACAGCUGGAGACGCAAUGACCACCAUCAAAGCCGAGCAGCCACGCCUGUGCCCGGAAGAGUCGGCGAGACCUCGGGAGAUGCUGUUCCAGGGAGAAUCUCCUGCAGCAGCCGUUCUCGCUGUUCCUCCAGCAGCGGAAGGCUAUGAGGCUCCCCGUGGGCCGCCCGUCAGCCCCACCAAAUGUAGAGCGGGUAAAUCUCUGGAGUUAGACAGUGAGCUGCAAAGUAUCCUGGGCCCUCCACAAGGCUCGGCCGAAAGGCCCCACGGCUGCAGUGAGUGCGGCAAGAUGUUUGGGGUAAAAAAGAGUCUCAAAGUCCACCAGCGCAGCCACCAUGGCCAAGCCCGGCCGUACGAGUGCGCCGAGUGCCGCAAGAGCUUCAAUUGCCACUCGGGCUUGGUGCGGCACCAGAUGACCCACCGGGGCGAGCGCCCUUACAAGUGCGCCGAGUGCGGCAAGUGUUACAGCCGCAAGGAGCACCUGCAGAACCACCAGCGGCUGCACACGGGUGAGCGCCCCUUCCAGUGCCCCAUCUGUGGGAAACGGUUCAUCCGGAAGCAAAAUCUGCUCAAGCACCAGCGCAUUCACACGGGCGAACGCCCCUACCAAUGCGCAGAGUGCGGGCGCAGCUUCCGCUACAAGGAGUCGCUCAAGGACCACCUGAGGACUCACAGCAGCGAGGCCUCGGCCCAGCGACUCCUCCCUGGGUUGGGGGGUGACGGUCUCCCUUAGCACCUCACAGCAGCGGGAAAGAGCCCAGUCUCUCAGCCCGUCCAAUCGAAACCUCC